AUGUCUACAACAACCGCAACCACUAUUGCCCCACAGCCAACGGUGCUUCGGACUGGGCAGGAUGGCGCACCUAGUGCUGAGAACGACCAUGCCUUCCAGGCACUUGCACGAGGUGACCAGCAAGGUGUGAUGAAACUGCGAGGUAUCCCUACCUUCACCGAUUUGCACGCAAAGCGGCAAUGGAUUCGUCAGCACAUGGCUGCAGUGUUUCGCUUUUUUGGAAAGCGAGGAUGGGGAGAAGGGGUUUCUGGCCAUAUCUCUGUACGAGACCCGAUUCUACCGGACCACUUCUGGAUGAACCCAUUCGCAAUGCAUUUCAGCCUGAUCAAAGCAUCUGAUCUGGUUCUGGUUGACAGUCGUGGAUACGUGGUGGAAGGUGGCAACCAAGCUAUGAUCAACGAGGCGGGCUUUAUGAUCCAUUCUGAAGUCCACCGUGCGCGGCCGGAGGUUAUGGCUGUCGCACACACCCACAGUAUUUACGGGAAGACGUGGAGCAGUUUUGGUAAACCCAUCGAGAUGCUUACGCAAGAUGCGUGCAACUUCUAUGGCAAGCUCAGCGUGUACGAGGACCACGGCGGGAUUGCCCUGGCCCAAGAUGAAGGCAGGGCCAUUGCGAACGCCCUGGGAAAGACUAGUAUGGCUGCUAUAUUGCAGAACCACGGUUUAAUCACACUUGGGUCUACAGUUGAUGAGGCUGGGUUUCUUUUCUACAGCCUGGAAAAGGCAUGCCACUCUCAGUUGCUCGCAGAGGCUGCUGCUGCUAAUGGAGUUCCUAAGAAGAUCAUUCCCGAUAAUGUCGCCCAAUUCACGGCCGACUCUGUUCAAACACCAAACAACUUCUAUCUGGAGUUCCAGCCCGAAUUUGACUUGGUGGUUGUAGAGUCUAAGGGAGAGGUACUUGAGUAA